ACGGCCGCCGCCGCCGCCGCAGCCGCCACCGCCGGCCGCUGGUGGGGGGCGGCGCCCCAGGCCUCCGCAGACGUGAUGAACCAGCUGUGCCGCGUGUGUGGGGAGCCAGCAGCGGGAUUCCAUUUCGGUGCCUUCACCUGCGAAGGCUGUAAGUCUUUCUUCGGCCGGACGUACAAUAACCUCGGUUCCAUCUCCGAGUGCAAGAACAACGGGGAGUGCGUGAUCAACAAGAAGAACCGGACGUCGUGCAAGGCGUGUCGGCUGCGCAAGUGCCUGCUGGUGGGCAUGUCCAAGAGCGGCUCCCGCUACGGCCGGCGCUCCAACUGGUUCAAGCUGCACUGCCUGAUGCAGGAGCAGCGCCAGCAGCAGGACCACCAGCCGCUGCCGCUGCCGCUGCCGCCGCCGCCGCCGCUGCCGCACCCUCUGGAGCCUCCGGGGCCCGCCAGCUCUCUGGGCAAGGCCAAGCCCCUCCUGUGGGGAGACGCCUCGCGGGUGAGGCACGCCGCCGACGCCGACAACAACAACGUAUUUCCUGACAAGCAGCACCAGAGGGACACGACGCCGUCGCCAGCUCCGAUGCCACUGAGGGGUUUCGCGCACGCGCAGCAGCAGGGCGGCUUCGGGUCUCAGGACGCGGCGGCGGCGGCGGCUCUGUGGGCGGCGAGAAGCUCGCUGCUCGUGCCUCCGCACUCGCACCCCGGCGUGCCGCCCUUCGCCCUGCCCUUCCUGGCGUCGCCCUUCCAGCAGACGUCGGCGGCUGCGGGGGGUGGGGGUGUUGCCGCCGCAGCCGCCGCCGCAGCCGCCGCCGCAGCCUUCUACCACGCGCCGUCGCCUCACCGCAACUUCUUCCUCCCCUUCGUGCAGUCCCUGCAGACCCCCAGGCCCGUGCAACACCAGCGGCCCCUAGCACUCGAGGCCAGGCUGUCGUCGCCGUCUUCUUGCUCCUCGGCGACGUCGUCUCCCCCACCGCCUAACGCGAGGCACAAGGGGCCUCUCAACCGGCAGCAGGAAGGCGAGAAGUCCGCAGUGGCGCUGUUGUCGCUGGGUCCCGUCCAGGAGCAGCCCAUCGACCUGUCAGUGAAGGGCGACGAGAAGGGCGAAGGCUCGACCAGGUCGUGCAGCUCCGGAUCCUCGUCCCCUGCCAGUGGUGGUGCGGCGGUAGCACAGGACUGUGGCAGCGACGCUGCCUUCUCUGGCGCAGAAGACAGCAACGGCAAGGCGACGGAGAGUGAAGACAGCGCCGUCGACGCUUCAGCGUCACAGACGCCGGCCGCGAGGACGACGCCCCUCGACCUGACGACCAGGUCUUGACACGAGACCUGAGUGUCACUCUUACGCAUUAUUGCUCCACUACACACGCUGACGGUCGUUUGCAUUCACUGGGAGAAUAUGAAUACUGGGAGCAACCAAGAGUAGCCGGACACCAGCCUGAGACUACGUCAUACCUUUUCAACUGACUAUCAAGUAUCUAACACAGGCUCGCACACUACUUCCUUUCUCGCAGAUACCGUAUACUUCCUAAUUUCACAGCUGCGGUAUGGUCGCGAAUCGAACAGUCAUCCAGAAAGUGUAGAACAUAUUUCUUUAAUUCCAACUGUGAUUGAGCUCAGCAUCGUCGCGCUAUGAUGCUGAGCUGAUUUUUGUUUAUCUUUUGACGAUGCCACUAUGGCUCCUUUAUACUAGGAAAUGUUUUUAAAACAUUUCUGAAGAUAGUCGUUGCUGAGCGAAACCUAUAGUCUGAGGUCCUAACAAGUCUGUCACACACGAAAAAAAAAUUUUUUUCUGUACUUCCAAAUUGGUACUCAACGUUUCCUGAAGAAUAAAAGAAUAAUUCUUCUCAUACAACUUUUAAGUGCUAAUAUAUCGAUAUCUAUCUCCUGAACUUGUAAUGAGUUAACAAUCCUGCAAAUUUCAUAAUCUGCAGUCAUAUUUCAAUCAGGUAUGCAGGGUGAAUCAGGGGGAAAGGUACAUAGUUCUAGAGGUGAUAGUAUAGUGAUGCAGAACGAAAAACUUCAUAAUGACGUAUGCGCUAUUCCGAAUAGUUUCCUAGAAAGAACACAUUUAAUGUUGGAGUAGGGAUCGUACCUUGCGUAUGUUUUCCUUGCAGCGCCACAUCAGACGCUAUAACUGGGUUAUAAAUGUGCUUAUUCAACCAUUUAAUUACUUACGUUAUGUCCCAUCGAAUGAACCACAAUGUGUAAUAAAUUUAUUAAAAGGCUGCAUCAUAGAGAUAAUUUUUCCAAAUUCUGUAUUUGGCUCAAGGUGCAAUGUGGUCUUGAACCAUGAACCACAGCUUAAAAAAGGUGGAUAAGUCACAUGAACACACUUCACUGAAAAUAGACUGAACAUCAUAAUAAGCACACAUAAAAGCAAUUUUUCUGGUUAACAAAUUAGGCCGAACAUUCAUGUUAAUAAACGUUCAAAACCAACAAAUUACUUUCAAUGUUUAAGCCUACGUAGCAUUUUUAUAUUAUUAAUCUAUAUUGCCCUAUUGUAAAUGACUAUUACAACGUAUCUUGCGUCAUGAUCAUGGGCCAAUAUCACCAACUAGGUCAAGGUACAAUUUUUGUCCUACUUCAAUAAAUCAUUAACGUAACCUGAAAUAAUAAAACGGCGGGAAAAUUCACAGCACGGUUAUUGAGAUAAAUGCCUAUCAUAAUUAUUAAAUACUUAAUUUUAAUUUCAUUUGUGCAUAUAUAGCUGAAAUAACAUUAAAUUAAGAACACAAAAACUUCCUUUUAGGAGGAAAAAAGAUAUUUCUAAGAAACUAAAAUAAUUGCUCCUUGUUCUUCUCACUAGCUGUACUCGCAUCAUAGUAGGCAACUAUCGGUGUGAAGCAGGCUGAAGUUAGAGAUAACGACCACAGAUACAAGAUUACCUCAAUGUACACGCGUCUCUAGCUACAAAUCUCUUCCCCAUAUCGUUAUUUUUUAUAUUAUUCAAUCAUUGUCAUUGUUUACAAUGUACCACAGUCGUGUAGAGGAAGAUGAGACGAACAAUUCGAGGCAGGACACUUGCGACCUGCAAAUUCGGGAAACUACCUCAAAUUAACCUACUAGGAGUACCUAAGCUAAGGCGCAUGCGCGUAGCGUGAGAUUUUCUAUAUUGUCGCGCUCUCUUGGCACAUACUAUUAGUGUUAAAGAAGAAACGAAUAGGACCCAUUUUGUAGGAAAUUUUAGUUGAAUUUUGCACUGCGACACGUUUUCGCUGGAGGCUGCGGUUUACGAGUAUUGAAGAUAAACCUUCAAAAGUAAUAUUAAAUUUGUUCUGUCUCGGAAACCAUUCGGAAUAGGGCAUAUGUCCAUAUGAAGCUUUUUGUUCAGAAUCACUAAUACUAUCACCCAUCAAAGCCUGUAACUUCCAUCCUGAUUCACCCUGUAUGUACUUAAUAGUGGCACAACGAUGUUUCUGUAAGGUGUAUUGAACGAACUCGCAAACUUUCGUAUCCACAAAUGAUCUAUUUCAGGAAACAAAUAACACACAUUAAGAGAUGAUAGUAAGGAAAAUAACAUAUACACACAUGCUCUGUGUGAGGCCUCUUUCGAGAAGUCGCUGUUUGAAACUACCAAGAAUGACAAAGCCGUAGUUACUGAAUUGACUCAUCAUUCUUUGUUUACUUUUACUAUCUAGUUUUUGUUUAAAAAGCCGUCACCAAUUCUACUGCGUUAUGUAGCUCGCUUGGUAAUGUUGUGCAUUGUUAAAAGACGCUGACGUUCUGAGCUUCCAUGAGGUAACACUAAAAGAUGCUCUUGUUAUUAUUUCACGUAAUUGCGAACGUCUCUUGUACGAUUGCAGUAGAAUCAUAGAAAACAGAUGUUGUUGAAUUCUCUAUAUAUUAGCCUUUGAUAGACAAGGGGACGAUGCAUUGCUUAUUCCGUCACAUGUACCCCAUUUGAAGUGCCUCCUCUCUCCAGUUGGCGCUACUACUCUACAUGAUACUCUUUAGUACAUGUUUCUACGCAGGAAACAGCAUUGAUUAACACGUAUCUACAACAGCUAACGCUAGCGAUGGAUUAUUUGAAAUUGAAGUAAAGAAGAAUCGUGAACAAUUAACAAUAAGCAACUAACUGUUAAUUUUAUACUAUCUGCACAUUUUCUACUCCUGGCAGUGGGAAGUACCUGAAUAUCGAGGACCUCUGAGGACGGAGCAUGUGUUUAUAUGAAUAUUCCGCUCAAAACUGUGCUUUCGAUCGAGUUACAAAGAUGUGGUCUUCGAAAUGAUUUCCGUUUAGCUCAUUACAAUUUCUGUAGGAUUAUAUACAUUUUUUAAAGGCAGUUGUUUCAAUUUGAACGUGAGCUCGUUGUCUUGCGGGGAAAUAACAGUUUAGCGUAAGCCGACAAUAAACAGUAAAAUCUCCCCCC